UACUUCGCCCCCAAUCCCACCUCACAGCAUUCAUCUCCUCUCCUCUCCUCUCCUAUCCUUUCCUAUUUUAGGUGCAGCUACGGCAACCAGACGAGCGAGACAGUUCCCGUGCAACUUUUCUGGGCUUUAAUUAGCAUUCCAGGGUCCCGGGCAAAAUUUCAAACCACGUACGGGAGAAUUACUUAAUUGAUUCAUCUGCUAGAUUAAUCAGCCAGAAAGAAGAAGAGGAAGAUGGUAGCUUUGGUUUCUCGACAAGGAAGGCAACUGCAGCGCUACAACAAUUGCGGGAGCCGCCUCAUCGUUGGGUGUAUUCCCUACAAGCUCAAGCAAAAUGGGGUCGAGGUGCUGGUCGUCACCUCCCAAAAGAGAGAAGACAUCAUGUUCCCAAAGGGAGGUUGGGAGCUGGACGAGACGAUGAUCCAGGCUGCGUGUCGCGAGGCGUUCGAAGAAGCCGGCGUGCAAGGAAAGGUCGAGGAUAAGCUCGGGGAAUGGAGAUACAAGAGCAAAAGCCAUGACAAGAUCCACGAGGCCGUCAUGUUCCCUUUGAAUGUCACGGAGGAAUUGUAUUAUUGGCCGGAGAAGGCUCUGAGAACUCGGAAAUGGGUGAACGUAGCAGAAGUAAUGGCGGAGUGCAAGCAGUCGUGGAUGAAGGAGGCAUUGGAUAGAUUGAUGGAGCGUCUCUCGAGCUCAGAUUUGAUGGAGGAGCUGGUCUUCUCGUGCUGAUUGAUAAGCUUGGGAUAGUUGAUCUUUUGUACAAAGUAGCAGAGCAUGUAUUGGGCC